UAUAUAUAUAUUAGAUAGAUAGAUAUUGAUAGAUAGAUAACAAAAAUAUGUUUUGACAACAACUAUUACAUCGUCAACCGUCCGGGAUCGCGAGCCUCUACUUCCGUUUUUUUUCCAGCGCGACCAUUAAACUUACUAACCUGUUAGCCAGGGCUGUGUGGAUGUGCUGAGAUGUCGGGCGUGCCCAUUGUGCCCUGUCCCGUACGCUUGGGCUCCGUCAAAACCGGAGGUGUGGCGGCUCGACUGCACCAGUUCACCCGGGAGAGAAACCUGCAAAAAGCAGAGAAGCUCCUCAAGCAAGGUGUGGACGUGGACUGUGUGAAUCACCUGGGCCAGACGUCUCUUUUCUGCGCGUCUCUGCUGGGGUUCGGCGCCGUGGCCGAGCUGCUUCUUCAGUACGGAGCCGAUCCCAAUCGCCGCUGUGAUGACAGAAGCACUCCGGUCCACGCCGCCGUGUUCUCCUGUAACACGGGGCUGCUCAGCGCUCUGCUGGAGGCAGGGGGAGAUCUGCGACUUCACGACGAUCAGGGCAGGACGCCGAGAGAUUGGGCCGAGAUCGGAGCUCAGGAGCAUAGUGCUAGGAUGGUCAGUUUCAUUAAGAGAUGCAUGUCUGUCAUGAGGAGUCUGUCUGAGUCGCAGUCACCCAGAGAGAGACGCGUCACUCCCACUUCCUCCAAGAGCCUCCUGCGCUCACCGUCUGUCCUGGACUUCCUCAGACCGGUCUCUGAUGUGGUGUUUAACAAGAAAGUAACCGCAAAGUCGCCCACAUCUGACACGGUCCAGUGUUUCGGCUUUGGAAAGUUGUGCGUGAAGAAGUCCGGGAUGUCUGUCGGCGUUCUCGCCUCCGUGCCGUUAAUACCAGACUCCGAGUUAUUGCAGGCCGAAGACGAGGCUCUGCACUCGUUCCCGUGUGGAUCCUUCAGCAAAAUGACCAACUACAGUUGGAGAGGAAGCCGUGUUACGGUGAAGGAGCUGCAGAUCGACAGCACGCACCGACACGCCGCGCAACACGGCUACCUCGACCUGCUUGUCACCGAGCUCGACUUCUGCUGUCAGCUGUUCCACCCCCACAUUCUGCAGCUGAUGGCAGUGAGCUCCUCCAAUCAUCUGCAGCAGAGCAAACUGGUGUACGAGAGAGUGCAUGUGGGCUCACUGUACACCCUGCUGUACCACAGGCGAGCGGAGUUCCCCGUCCUACAGGUGUGUGAGGUUUUGUCACUGAUCCUCCAGGUGUGUGAAGCGCUGUUCUACCUGCACAGCCGAUCCCUGGUGCUGCGCUCCCUGUCCUCUCACUCUGUCCUCGUCGUGCACCCAGGGGUUGCUAAGGUCACCGGCUUCGGCUUCACGGUGCCCAGUGAUUGUAGUCCCUCCUCCACUCCGCCCGUCCCUGCAAUGCUGUAUAACUGGGCGGCUCCUGAAGUGAUCAGGAGGAAAGCAUGCACAGGAAAAGCAGAUCUGUACAGCAUCUGUGCUCUUAUACAGGAGCUGUACACUGAUGCAGUUCCGUGGGGUUCUGUGAAUCCAUGCUGGAUAAAGCAGGCCGUAGACACGGGUCAGGCUCUCUUUGCAGAUCCGGCCGUGCCACAGCCGUAUUACGACCUGCUGCUGAACGGAUUGAAGCCCAGCGCUCAGGAGAGAACCUGCAGCCUCCAGGACCUGCGAUACACACUGCGUUUCCACCUCAGCGAGCUGAGCGAGAGAGAGAGGAGGAGUGAAACGCGCCCCCUACAGGCCAGGUCAAGCCCAUACAGAUGGAGCACAGACAUCAGGAAAAAUCGAGACAGUGUGCACCCAGAUGAGCAGCAGGUGGUGGAUAAGGUAAAUCAGGACCAGCUCCGAGAGCUAGACAGCUUUUUGGAGAACCAAACAAAGCAAAAACGUUCCCUUAUUAAUCUCCAAAAUGAAGCGACAGAGUGCUGCACAUCCUCUGACACCAUCCUCCAGGACAUUUCCUUCCGGGACAUCCUACCCCUGGAUGAGUCGCACCUUUUGUCCCACCCUCCAUUUGUAGAGGAAGAAUACACGGAAGAAGAAGCGAGGACCCAAUCUUCCAUCUGCAACCACGUCAGCUCCAUUGUCCUGAACCUGAAAGUGUCUCAGCUGCUGCGGCAGCAGGUGGAGAGCAGCUUAGAUAAGUUUGAGUCAAGGAUAAUGGGAAACACGUGCUCCGGAAUCCCACAGUUCGACGAGCCAGACGGGUGUAGAGGCAGACAGGUGGUGAUGCUGAAAGCAGCAGGACCUCCAUCAUAUAACUACAUACCCAGUGCGAUGCGCCAGGAGAUGGAAGAAGAAGUCACAGAGUUCUGCUCUGCUGGAGAGGAGAGCUUUGAACGUUCUGAGGGAGAUAAAAACAUCUCUCAGAGAGACAGGAGGACGAGGGGAGGACAGGAGCAGGCAGUCAGAUUCACUGAGGAGUGUGACGGGUUGUACCAGUCAUCAGCGGCAUGCACAUCACAGGAGCUUACGCAAAACCAGCGUGCUGAACACAACUGGACCAGUGAGGUGAGCACAGCAGUGGCUUGGAUGACGCGGGGUUUCCUGAGCUGUGCUGCAGGGGCACUGGUGGAGAGCAGUGACAGUGAGGAGGGGCAGGAGCAGCCGCAGCACCCCCUGAUGGACGCACAGGAGGACGCAGAGGAAGCUCUGUUCAAGAGCUUCGCAGGUGUGCACAGUGAGAGUGAAGAGAGCACUGACUUCCACACCAUGAAUCACACCUUCACUCUGCCCAAUGCUGUGUAUGAGGUCAAAGGUCAACACAGGGAGGAGGACGGUUCAGACUCGGACUACAAUCAGUCACCUCUGGAACCUUCCAGCAUCUUCUACACUCCAAAACACAAUCAAGAAAACACCCAUGCUAAAGAGGAGCUGUUACAGACGCCGAAUUCAGAGGAUGAUCCGGACGUGACGAUGGAGGUGUGUCGCCCUGACAUGAACGUGAAGACCACAUUCAGAGAGUGUCAAUCUUCACCAGAGGAGCCCGAACACAGUGAAGCAGAAUCAGCACCGCCAUCUGUACACACCACCAGGAGCAGUCAUAUGGCAGAUAUAGCUGAUCUCUCCAGCAUCACCUGUUCACCUGCACAACUCCAGGAGUGGGUGGGGCAAAACGAAGCCCGGCCUAGCCCACACAGCACACAUUUCCCACCAUGCAACAGUACCCCACGCAGCCCGCGUACACGCACAGCAGGCCGAGGCCGUAGCGCCCCCCGCAGGGAGGAGGUGUGUGUUUCCCCACUCGCCCCUCACCUGCAGUCUCUGAUGGAGACGUCUCCGUGGGGCAGCACAGAGUCUCCGUCCCACACAGAGAGCUACAACACGGCCAGACUGGAGCGCGCUGACACGAUACACUGGUCUGUGCCUGAGAGGAGUAUUCCUCAGGGGGAUUCAGAGACACCCAGCUCUGGCAACCAGGAGUUCACUACAGCCAGCUCAUGGGUCAGACACAGUGAGGAGAAGAGCCAGGACCACAGUGACACAGCAGCAUUAGAGUGUGACACAGAAAAAGACCGAUCUUUGGAGGAGGCUAAAAGAGCACAUUCCACCCUGGACGAGGUUCUGCAGGGCCUGCUGGAGAACCCUGAGGCACAGAGAACCGUGAGAGGAGCUGCAGUAAUUACAGAAAUGUUAUCAUCCUAUCCUGUUAGUGUGAGCGAAAGAUCUGAUGAGGAAGAGGAGCGGGUGUUUGGACAGAGUGUGAGUGCGGAGCGAGGAAUCUGUCAGCAGUUGGAGGAGGAGGAGGAGGAGGUGAUCCUGGAGGAGGACUUCAGCUGUUCCAGAGGAGAUGCCAGUGAAGGAGCGGCAACGAGAGGAACAAAGAUAAAAACACACUCAUCUCAGGUGUCAGGAUCGGACAUAGAGAAGCUAUUUUAAGAGUUUGAGAUAGAACAUUACUCUAUCUGGAGCCAGCAGCACAGAUGGAUUGUUCUGGAGCACACACCCAGGAUCGAACACGGAGUGAACCCAAAAACAGGAGUCUAAUGGAGCCUCCUGGAGAAGGAUCUUCCAGCAUGUUCUGUUCUGUGUGUUUGAGUCCUGCGUGUUUGUGUUCCGCGUGUUUCAGUCCCAUAUGUUUCUGUUCCAGGUUUUACAGUUUAAGUUAGAAAAAUUUGAAGCCUUUUAAUGAAAAUAUUCAUCACAGUAAUUAAUAAACGUCACAAUAAUUUAACUAUUAGUUUUAAUUCUUGAUCCUUGUUUGUCUAAUCUAACGUUCUAACUGACACUUGUAAUGUGUAAUAAAUGUUUAUUAAAUACA